AUGGGAAACGAACUAGCAGAAAGUAUAAAACUCUUGAAAGAAUUAAUAUGUAAUUAUCAUAAUAUUAGCGAACAAGAAUUGAAUAAAAAAGCAAAUGAUGAUAUAAUCACAUUACUUAAAUAUACAGAAGAUAUAGAACCAAAAGGAGGGGACAUAUUCAAAUAUAAAGAACUAUUAAAAAAAUUAAAACAAGUAUUAAUACAUUUGCCAUCUACAGAUCCAUUACUUCCUAUAUGCAAAAAAAAUAUAAAUGAAUUAUAUAUAACACGAGAAAUAUUAGAAAAAGGAGUAAUAAUAUCAGUAAUGGAUAAUGAUAUAAAAUCUUUUACUAUAUAUAUGGCUCAAUUAUUUAUUUAUUAUUUUGAUUUUAAAAAUAUAUUACAAAAAAGUGCUAAACAAAAUGCUAUUUUAGGAAUAUAUUUAUUACAUUUAUUAUCAUCCAAUUCAAUUGGGGAUUUCCAUAUGAUAUUAGAAAUAAUACCAAUAGAUGAUCAAAAUGAUCCAUAUAUAAAAUAUGUAUUAGAAUUAGAACAACAUAUUAUGGAUGGAUAUUUUCAUUAUAUAUUAACAAAAAAAGACGAUAUACCAUUAUAUUUAUAUUCAUUAUUUAUGGAUCGUUUAUAUAACACUAUAAAAUAUAAAUUAGCUGAUUGUAUUUUUUCUUCUUCAAAUUCGAUUAGUCUAUUAUAUACAUGUGAAUUGUUGAAGUUAAAAGAUGAAAAUGAACUUUAUCAAUUUAUUACAGAAUAUAAUGAAAUAAAAACUGCGCAUGGAGAGGAUAAUCUUAUAUGGGAAAUAAAAGAUAAUAAAAUAUAUUUUAAAAAUCAAAUUGAGCAUACUCAGGAACUUCCCUCUAUAGAAAUUUUAAAUAAUAUUAUUGGAUAUGCCACAGAAUUGGAGAAAAUCGUUUAA